AUGGCAACCAUUGAUGCCCAGGACCUCAGAGAAAGAAUUGGGCGCCUUCGAGUUCUGAUCAUAGGGAGAGCAAACGCAGGCAAAACAGCUAUCCUUCACAAGAUCUGCAACACUAAUAAACCAGAAAUUUACCAUAUCAAAGGAAAGAAGAUUGACACUGCCGUCGUGGAAUCGUCGAUCAAGCUCAGCGUGGAAAUCAUGACAUUACAAACGAGAUGGUUUUCAAAAGCAAUCCUGUUUUCGCCUUUCACGAUUCGCGCGGCUUCGAAGUGGGCCCUGAAAAUGGAGAAGCAACUCCACACUAUCUGGUACUGUAUUCCAAUGGACGACCAGAGUCGAACAUUCCAACGGUCGGAGAAGUUCUUCUCUGAGUGCGACACUAGGAACAUUCCAGCGGUCGCGGUAUCCACCAAGUUCGAAGCUCUGCGUCCAGUCGCACAUGGAAAAAUCGAGAAACAAGCAGAAGGGUUAUCAGGAGAAGAAUACUUGAAGAGCAUCUUACAGCGCAUUGACGAACCAUUCACACUGACGGCGCUGUAA